AUGGGGAUCCCCGACAUAUCAAAAGCACAAAUGAGGCUCAGGUGGACUGUCAUCCAGCUGGUUCUGUUCCUAGUAAUACCCAUUGAUGCCCAAGCGAAAGGCCAUGCUGCCAGCCCAACCGUUAGUUCUGCUGUCCCUAUACCGGCAAUGCGUAUGGCCGAAGAGAAUAGUACAGCAGUUGGGCAGUGUGGAAUUGUGCUUUCUGAAACCUUCGCUACUCAAAAGCUUGAGCAGAAUAGGCACCGGCAGCUUUGCUUUGCGCUGCAAAACUACGGAUUUCUUACGAGAUACGUGCGUCAUAAACAGGAGGAAGCGUCGUUCUGGGGAGGCGACUGCUGCCUACUGCUAGUAUUUUGCGGACAUGAUUGCCACCGUCUAUACGGACAUCCCCAAAAGACUCCGGCAGCUACAAACGUUAUCUCAGAAGUAGCAGCUCUCUUAGCAGGCAAAACUGAAAAUCAGCAGCCUCUUAAUGGAGGAACUGGGUUUUCUUCCCAAACCAAGGUUACUGCACAUAAGGAUUCGGACACUGUAGAGCAUGAAGGCGAACUGCCGCAACAUAAUCUAAUCCUGUCUAAGGUUGACAAUGCAAAAAGGGGUGAAGUCCCGCUUUCACCGUCAAAUGGAAGCACGGAACAAACGGUGGUGCCAAAAGCGGAACGGCGGGAUAAACGUCAAUGGCAAGGCCACUGCAGAAGACACUUCAUGUCUCACACAACGCGUGCAAAUUGUAUAGGUGUCUACUCCAUAGAAUUUGAAGCACAAAAUCAAAGUUUCGGCAGGUUUUUCGCCCGUUUGGCCCUUUUGCUUGGAGCUGCAGAUAUCGAAGCAGUUGUUGAUAUUGAACGAGAGCUCCAACAGUACAUUCGCGCAAAAGAGUUGAGGGCUCUACAGGGCCCCGCCCUCGCAUCAUCGCGACAAUCUGGACGCACCAUGACAGCCUCAGCAAAUUCCAGCCUUGUGCUGCCUCAACAAAGUUCAGAAGCAUCAAAUGAAAAACCAAGAAGCUCUUCAUUCUCUGCGCAUACGCUAAAUAACGACUUGAGAAUCGUGCUGGAGCCGUUGCGCUCAGACGAGAGCCAAGUCGGUGAAACAGAUAAUGUACAUUUCGGCACAUCAGCUCAGACUAUACAGAUAUCUAUCCCUUCGAAUUUCAGGGCUCGUCUUGCUUCGGAUGGUGCACCUGGCACGUCAACGGCUCAUCCGAGGCGACUUCGAGGGGGCAGUUCCAGGGGACCUAUUAGCUCGGCAACUGGUGAUGGCCAUAAGGCUGGCGCUGCAAGUGCUCCCAUCAAUUCGGCUGCCUACUGCAAGGCCGUUGCAGCAUUCAUGUCACAAAAGGCUGAAUUGCAGUGGCUAGAGGAACACAUUUUUUUUCUGCCCCACCGACCAUGA